GAGAUCUCAGACGUUGGCUACCGCAAGCUAAGGCUAUCAAAGGCUCGUUGCGAUGAGCCCAAAGUGCACGUACGGCGCUGAGUGCUGAGCAGUGAUGGGUGCCGACAAAAGGAAUGAACAGUCGCUCCCUUACCAAGACUCGCGAUGGAGCUGGAUCAUGGCCCUGGUCUGUAGCUGGUGCUUUUUCUGGACACUCAUCAUCAACCGCUGCGGAGGAAUCGUCUUCAUAACCAUGAUCUCCGAGAUGGGUGCUUCGCGGGAGCUGGCGUCGUGGCCCUUCAGUCUUCUGGGAACUGUGUCACAGCUCGUAGGGCUCGUCUGGGGCGCUCUGGUCAAGUGUUUCCCGGUGCGGACCGUUGCCGUCGCAGGAAGCGUGCUGGCGGCUUCGGGAAUUCUGUUCUGUGUCGUGUUCUACAAUGUAACGGCCAUGAUUAUUGGACUGGGCGUCAUCACAGCUCUCGGACAUGGCCUGAUGUUUCCUUCUCUUUUGGUUGUUCUCAACACGUAUUUCAAACGGUUUCGUGCUUCGGGCAUGGGCAUCUGCUACGCCGGAGGCACCCUGGUGUCAUUAAUGUUUCCUCCGCUUCUCCUGCACUUGCACGAGGCCUACGGGUUGCGAGGAACUCUCCUGAUCCUUUCGGCCUGCAGCCUUCAUGUCACCGCCGGCUGCCUCCUUGCCAAAAAACCAAAUGAUCGACCACGCCCCAAGAGCCCGGUAGAGGAACCCCUGAACACAAACCAAGGUUCUGGUGGUCACGAUAGAGCUGCGAAGUCAAAGGGAGCAUUAAUACCCAUGCGGGAGGAGCUGUCCUUUCUCAGGAAUGCCAUGUAUUUCGUUGUAGUAGCAACGAGCAUUGUGUACACGUACAAUUUAAAUGUCUUUAAUGUCACCAUUGUGGACUUUGCCAUCGGAAGAGGUUUCAGCAAAUGGGAAGCUGCGCUGCUCUUACCCUCAUAUGGCACCGGGGACCUACUGGGCCGCAUCUUGUCGGGUCAACUGUCGGACCGCAAGAUACUUCAGAGGAGAGACGUGAUGGCAGCCUCUUUCUUAGUCCUGUCUGCGUCCUUCGUUGCCCUGGUGUACUCGCGGUCUCUGGUGAUGCUUGGUACGACAAGCCUCGUAUUCGGCAUGGCCAGUGGCAGCAUCAUUAUCCUGUUCACGGUUCUGCUCGUCGAGUACUUUGGCCUAGAGAAACUGCCUAUGACCAUCGGCUUCAUCUCUUUGGUCAUUGGACUGGCUACCCUUCCCAGGCCGCUACUCAUAGGCCACUACCGAGACCGCAGCCAGUCGUACGAGAGCCUGUAUGUUCUGCUGGCUGCGAUGUCCUUUGGAACAUGCAUCGUCUGGGUCAUCGAGUGUAUUCGGCAGUGGAUCGCCAGCAGAAAGUUGAAUCACAUUGAACAUCUCCAAUUACAACAGGCGACCACAUCAACUUAGCCGCGUUGUUUAAGGCAUUCGAAUUCGUUCAUUUAAAAGGUUAAAAAGCGCAAACAAAACAAGGAUAAU